UUGGUCUGGGCAGGUUGUUGGACUCCUGUACUGAUGAAGGGAUGCUUUGUUUUCUAUUGGUGCCUGUGAUUCCAAGACGCAUUAAAUGCUGGGAUACUGGUACCAGGACGGUGAGCAUCAGAUGUGACCCAGUAACCGUCACAUACUGAACGCAGAAGCUGGUACAUCACGCCAACCUUGGAGGCGCUAUAUCCCACUGACGGUCCUCACUUUCUAUGAUAGCAGGUGACAAUGCAGAGUCCUGUUGGUACCCCAACCCAUCAAGGUGGUGGAAAUAAUAGUGAACUUGCCCUGACGGGCUCCCAGGUGUCUGUAACAAGACGUCCGAGUAGUGCUGGCAGUGCCAAGCAAUUCUCCCGUUCUGUGUCGGUGAUCACGGAGAGUCAGAGCAAGGGAAACUCACCGGGCAAUUCAUCGAGAGCCAUCAACAAUCUCCGAAGAUCCAACAGCACCACGCAAGUGACCCCCGGGAACAGUUCGUUAUUCAGUGGGGAGCAGCCGGAUGAUUUGCUGGCGUUCUUUGAGAGCAGUUCCAGUGGGCGGAAGAAGCUCGGUGCUUUGGCCAAAACCUCCCCAGAGAAGAAGACCACUUGGAAUGUCCUGGAUGAGCAUCCUCGCGUGUUCCCUAUCCCAUCAAGCGCCCGCAGUGCGAACUCUGUGCAGAGUUCUGGGAUGAAGAGGAGAGACGCCCCGGCGCUGGCUCCCAGCUUUCCAGCCAAUAAUAGGAGUAACAAAGGUACGGUUGGUAAUACCGUCACUACCAUGGUGCAUAACAACUAUUCGUCUGGGGAACGCAGCCUGAAUGCCAAGAGCUCCAAUCAGAGGUUGUCAUCACUCAAUAACCAGAGACCCCUGACUUGUGAGGAUUUGGGGGGAAGUUUCCAGAAGUCCCAGAAGAAUUUAUCCAGCACUAGCAACUUGGGGCGUAAUAACACGGGAGGAGGCACACCUCAGAAGAGAAGAGAGGUGACCGCAGAGGAGGCGGAGAGGUUCAUCCAGCAAGUGAACACCGCAGCCGUCACCAUCCAGCGUUGGUACAGACGCCAUCGCCUGAAGCGGAAAUCAGGGGAAGAUUCUUUAAGACACAUUUUGGCUUCUAAAAAGGAGGAGCGCGAGCAACACGCUGAAGAGGGCAACCUCUUUGUCUCCCAGCAAGCCAAGGCAGACGAACGGCGAAGAAUCCGUGAAGAGAAAGCGCGUCAGGCGAGGAGAGCAGCCAUUCAGGAGUUGCAGCAAAAGCGAGCGCAGAAGGCGGUGGAUGCAAAGCGAGUGGCGGAGGAGGAAGUGCAGAAGUUGGUAGAAAGUGGGAAGCUGGGGAGAAAGAAGACCAGCAGGAAUUCUGGGCCUUCACCACUAGGUGGCAGCACUAAAGCCAAUAACACAGGUACCAGAGCCCCGGCCACACAAGAAGAGGACAGCUCUGUGACUUCACCGUUCAGUCCCGCUCCAGAAAGCAGGCUUAGUGAGCAGAAGGGGCAGGUAUUGACGCCCUUGGAUCGGGCAAUUGAAGAUCUGGAUAUUGAGGUCUCCGCAAGAAGAGCACAGUCUAAAACCACCCUUACUGAGCUACUUGAUACGCUUAAACAGCUGGAGGAGCCCGAACCACAGCUUGAAGUCAAGUCUGAGUCCAAGGACAGGUUCCGGUGGAUAGAUGGGGAUGGAGACACUUCUCUAACCGUUGAUAAUCUGGAGCGCCUCAGUCAGAUGAUGCGCAGUGGGCCGGGAGAACAGAAAGACUUGCAGGAUGGCGUGCUUCUCUCAGAAGCCAAACUUCAGAGUAUUAUCAGCUUUCUGGAUGAGAUGGAGAGAUCGGAACAAGAAAGGCCGCAUUCUGCGGCCUCCAAUACUAAUAAAGUGGCCUUGCUAUCGGAGGAGGAGCUGACACAUCUGGAGCAGGCAUCGGCAGUGGCCACGGAGGUGACGAGUUCCAUGCUGAAACUUCGUCUGGAGGUCGACGAAAAGAAGAAAACCGUGAACCUGCUGCAGACUGCACUCGCUCAGCAGAGAGAACUAACUAUACGGCACGUGAAACAGACCGAAAAGGAGCUGGGACGCCAACUGAAACAGCAAAGUGAGCAGUACGAGGCUACCAUCCAGAGACAUCUCUCAUUCAUUGACCAGCUCAUUGAUGACAAGAAAGCGCUGAGUGAGAGAUGUGAGUCUCUGGUAAAUGAACUGAAACAGGUUGAUCAGAAAUACGGAAACAAGAUCAACCAAAUGCAGGAACACCACGACCUGGUGUGGCAAACUCUGGGCCCUCUGUGCGAGGAAAUGAAGAAAUUGCAGGAUCUCAUGUCUGCGGCAGAAAAAGUCAGACGGGAGAAAUGGAUCGAUGAAAAGACCAAAAAGAUUAAGGAGAUCACAGUAAAAGGACUGGAGCCCGAGAUCCAGAGACUUAUUGCCAAACAUAAGCAGGAGAUCCGAAAGUUGAAAGCUCUUCAUGAGGCCGAGCUCCUGCAGUCAGACGAGAGGGCAGCGCAGCGCUACGUACGCCAGGCAGAGGAACUGCGGCACAAUCUUGACCACGAGAAGGAAGAACUGGCCCAAAGAGAGAGAGAGCUAGCCAAACAGAGGUAUGAAAAGCAACUUGUUCAGGAAGAGCAGUCUCUGCAGGAGCAGCGGAGGCGGCUGUACAGCGAGGUUUCUGAGGAGAAGGAGAGGCUGAACCAGCAGGCAGCCAGGCAGAGGACGGAAUUGGACGAAUUAAGAAGGCAGUUGGAAGAGAACUGUGCCCUGACCACCAGGGUGCUCAAAGAGGAAUACGAGAAGGGCAAAGAGGAACAGGAGAGACGGCACCAGGCAGAAAUAAAAGCGCUUAAAGAACGUUUGGAGAUUGAAAAACAGGCCUGGGAGCAGAACUACAUGAAGAAAGAGGAGGCCUGGCUGCUCUCCCGGGAGCGAGAACUCAAGGAAGACGUCAGGAAGGGACGGGACAAGGAAAUCGAACUGGUGAUCCAGCGCCUAGAGUCAGAAAUGUCAACGGCCAGGGAAGAGUGUGAGAGAGCCGCCGAAAACAGGAUUAAGAGGGUGAGGGAUAAAUACGAGUCUGAGCUUCAGGAGUUGGAGAGAUCCGAGAGAAAGCUCCAGGAGAGGUGCAAUCAACUCAAAGAGCGAGCGACAGAGCUGGAGGGAGAACAGAUCCGACUGCAGGGACUUCUCAAACAGAGGGAGCAGGAGGUGGAGGAUAUUAGAAAGAUCACGGACCGGUUGACCGAGGAGAGGAAAAGUCUCUCCGAUGUAAUUCGACAGGAGUUCGCAGACCGCCUCGUAUUAAUCGAGGAAGAGAACAGACGCUUAAAAAUAGAAUCGUCUGAAUCCCAAGCAAGGCAUCGUCUGGAGCUGGAGAGAAUCAAUCGGGAAAAGGAGGAGGAACUGGAGGAGGUUCACAAGAGGGUGAAGACAGCACUAGUGAAGAAAGAAGAAACCAUGAAUAGCCUGAGGAAGCAGCGUGAGGCGGCCGAGAAGCGAGCGGAUCACCUGGAGGCCCUUCUGGAACAGCAAAGGAAGCAGCUGCUUGCGAAGUAGAUUGCACUUCCUUUAUCCAAUCCGUGUUGUCCCCAGACACUUGCUCUGGACCAUGCCAUGGCCAUCCAAGCUCUGGACCAUGCCAUGGCCAUCCAAGCUCUGGACCAUGCCAUGGCCAUCCAAGCUCUGGACCAUGCCAUGGCCAUCCAAGCUCUGGACCAUGCCAUGGCCAUCCAAGCUCUGGACCAUGCCAUGGCCAUCCAAGCUCUGGACCAUGCCAUGGCCAUCCAAGCUCUGGACCAUGCCAUGGCCAUCCAAGCUCUGGACCAUGCCAUGGCCAUCCAAGCUCUGGACCAUGCCAUGGCCAUCCAAGCUCUGGACCAUGCCAUGGCCAUCCAAGCUCUGGACCAUGCCAUG